AUGUCUACCGAGCACAUGUCCUCCAAUGGCAACGACCUUGUUGGGUCUUUGGACCAGCUGAAGAUGGAUGACGAGGUUAGGCUCGGCCCCGACGGAGAGCCUGCGCCCCGCACGGACGAGGAGUAUGCUAUGGCACAGCUUACUCUGAGAGCCAUCGUCUCCUCCAAGGAGGCUGGUGUCAUCAUUGGCAAGGCGGGCAAGAACGUCGCUGAUCUUCGCGACGAGACCGGUGUCAAGGCCGGUGUCAGCAAGGUGGUCCAGGGCGUUCAUGACCGCGUCCUCACCAUCACCGGCGGCUGCCAAUCCGUCGCCGAGGCCUAUGCCAUUGUUGCCAAGGCUCUUCUCGAGGGAGCGCCCUCCAUGGGCAUGGGCGGCGUUGUCCAGAACAAUGGCACUCACCCCAUCAAGCUUCUCAUCUCCCACAAUCAGAUGGGGACCAUCAUUGGCCGUCAGGGACUGAAGAUCAAGCACAUUCAGGACGUCUCGGGUGUCCGUAUGGUCGCUCAGAAGGAGAUGCUCCCUCAGUCGACCGAACGCAUUGUCGAAGUUCAGGGCACCCCCGAGGGCAUCAAGGGAGCCAUUUGGGAAAUCUGCAAGUGCCUCGUCGACGACUGGCAGAGGGGUACCGGAACCGUCCUGUACAACCCAGUCGUUCGCACUCAGCCCGGCACCACCUCGACCGCUGGUAGUGGCUCGACCCCGGCUUACUCUUCUGGCGGUGGCCGCUCCAGCGACUACUCUGCGCCGCGUGUCAUGCGCACCGGCAACGGUGCCGACUUCAGCGCCAGCAACACUAACAACAACGGCGGCGGUGGCCGUCCCUAUGGCCGUCGCUCUGACUCGGACGCCGCUUCUCGCGGCCCGCCCACCCACGAUGAGAACGGCGAGGAGCUUCAGACCCAGAACAUCAGCAUUCCCGCCGACAUGGUUGGCUGCAUCAUUGGCCGUGCCGGCAGCAAGAUUUCGGAGAUCCGCAAGACUUCUGGUGCGCGCAUUUCCAUUGCCAAGGCCCCUCACGAUGAUACCGGCGAGCGCAUGUUCACGAUCAUGGGAACCGCCAAGGCCAACGAGUCUGCCCUGUUCCUCUUGUACGAGAACCUCGAGGCAGAGAAGAUGCGCCGUCAGACUGCUACUUCGCCCGAGUAG